AUGCUAAGUGCUUUUUCCAAAGUCUCCACUUUAAGGUCAUGUACAAGAUAUUUGACCAAAUGUAACUAUCAUGCAUCCACUAAACUACAUGCUUUAAAGACAUUUUCAAUGCCGGCAAUGUCUCCUACUAUGGAGAAAGGUGGAAUUGUUUCUUGGAAAUAUAAAGUUGGUGAGCCAUUCAACGCAGGCGAUGUGAUUUUAGAGGUAGAAACAGAUAAAUCCCAAAUUGAUGUCGAGGCACUGGAUGAUGGUAAACUUGCCAAGAUCCUGAAAGAUGAAGGGACUAAAGAUGUCGAUGUUGGUGAACCCAUUGCUUAUAUUGUAGAUGUAGAUGACGAUUUGGCCACUAUAAAGCUACCCCAAGAUGCCAACACCAAAUAUUCCAAAUCUACCGGAAAGGAGAAGCCAUCCCCACAAAGUGGUGAAGCAACGCAGCAAAAUUUAAAAGAGCCUACAGUUACAGUAACAAAAGCAACCAACGGGGUUCAAGCUAGUCUUGAACAAACGUUGCUACCAUCUGUGUCAUUAUUACUGGCAGGGAACGGUAUAUCCAAACAAAAAGCCUUGAAGGAAAUUGUACCAUCCGGUUCCAACGGUAGGUUAUUAAAGGGCGAUGUGCUAGCAUAUCUAGGGAAAAUAUCUCAAGAUUCAGUCACCAAGAUAACAGAAUUCAUCAAAACAAACGAACAUCUCGACUUAUCGAACGUCGAACCUAUACAGCUCAAACCAAAGAUAAGUGACCAGGAUCAGACUAAAGCUGUUAAAAAGCUAGAGAUACCUCCAACACAAUUUGAAGAACAAUUAGUGUUUCAUGCUCCUGCCUCAAUUCCUUUUGAGAAACUCCGUGGAUCAUUAAAAGCUUUCCUGAAUGAAGCUUACCAGUUCUCUCAUCAAACGCCUUUAACAGAAACGAAUUCAAAAUACUUUGACCCUAUUUUCGAGGACCUUGUCACCUUGAACCUGAGGGAGCCAAGGUUUAAGUUUUCCUAUGAUUUCAUACAAAUACCCAAGGCUAAUGACAUGCAGGACGCGUACGGGCAAGAAGACAUAUUCGAACUCUUAACAGGUUCAGGCUCGAGUGUGCAACCACAUAGAUCCGUUAAAAAAGAGUUACCAGAAAGAAGCGAAUAUUUAUUAAACUUGAAUGUUAUCGUCAACAAUAAGAAGUUUAAUGACGCGGAAGCCAAGGCAGAAAGAUUUGUUGAUUACGUAAGAGAGCUAGAAAUGUUUAAAUGA